AUGUACAUUUGCCCGUGGUUGUUGCUGGAAGCCUUUGGCUCCUCCCUCUACGAGCUGGACGAGGUGUCCGAAGUCUUCUCCAAGUCGACGCUCCAGGGACUUCUCUACGUGUCGGCACGUAGCACCUUGGACCCGGAGGAGGCUGUGAGCUUCCGGAAGGUUCUGUUUGGGCUGAUCCUGAAGAGAGUGGAGACCUGGCGCAACUCCUACUCUGGCCCUUACGAGCGCGGGCCCUUCCGUCGAGGGCUUUGGGCCUAUGGGGACGCUUAA